AAGCCUCAUUCUGGGCGGAUUUUUAGAGGAUGGGAGUGGACGGAAGCCCAGUCCGCGACCUGGCAUUCUCUGCCGCUUAUAAGUUUAAGACAAGGAGUGGUGUUAAGAGGGCGGUGGUGUGCUGCUGGUGCCGUAUUUGACAUGGAUUUAUGCUAAUCAGAACGGUGACACGGGCCGCAGCGCCUGUGUGUGUGCUGGCGCAAGGCUGCAAGCUAAUUGGUGCCUGCCUAGGAGGGCCAGAGCUGCUGGUCAGGACGGCCAACAAGACAACACCACUGAAAUCCUGAAAUAUUAAGAAAUUAUAUGAAAUUCAGCUUAGAAGCAAAAGAGAUUGAGGUCAAAAUAACAAGUACCUGAGAACCACAUCCCUUGCCGUUUCGUAGCGUUUACGUCCCGCCUGCAUCACAACAUGCCCAAGUACUACUGUGACUACUGCGACACCUACCUCACGCACGACUCGCCAUCAGUGCGCAAAACACACUGUCAGGGACGCAAGCACAAGGAGAAUGUCAAGAUUUACUACCAGAAGUGGAUGGAGGAGCAGGCGCAGUCCCUAAUUGAUGCCACAACUGCUGCCUUCAAGGCUGGCAAGAUCCCCAAAGGAGCUGCCAUCCCACCACCCUCCGCCAUGCAGGGUGGAGGACCAGGCGGUCCGGGUGGCCCCGGAGGACCAGGGGGACCCGGCCCACAGAACAUGGGUGGGCCAGGAGGGCCACCACGGGGGCCUGGCAUGGGUAGCAUGGGACCACCAGGCAUGGCAGGGGCCAACAUGCCCGGCAACAUGGGCAUGCCUCCCAUGGGGCCGCGUGGACCAAUGAUGGGGCCGCCCAUGAUGGGCGGACCACCCGGACCAGGGAUGCCCCCAGGGAUGAUGCCAGGGAUGCGGCCGCCGAUGGGAGGGCCGAUGGGACCAAUGAUGAUGGGGCCGGGUGGGAUGCGGCCUCCAAUGAUGGCCGGCCCGCCACAGAUCCGACAAUAACCCCAGUGUCUGUGUCUGUGACCCCACUCCUCCUCCUCCGUCUCCUCGUUUGAUUUGUAUGUUUUGAAGAAAGAUAUUUUGAGUCACUAGGUGUGUAAGAUUAAAGGUUUUUU